AGCUUCUUUUUAUUGCUACAAAUUUGCCAAAACUGAAAGCUAGUUGUACCAUGAGGCCCUUCUUUCGCUACUCUUCUGGCACCUGUUGCCGCUGUGUGCACUAGUAUAGUACUCAGAUGCAUGCCAUGUUCUCGAUCGACAUUUUCUGUGGGCACCAUAUACAUAUAAUAUACUAUGUAUACCCACCAUACAUAUAUACAUAUACAUACACAUCCAAUAUAUUAUGUAUACAUCGAUACAUCACACGCGUUUAGCGCGUGCAUUGCUGAGUAACUAACCUAAUUUGUUUGUGGAUAUAUCAAAAGGAUUUAUGUAUUGGGUACAUUAAUUUUGUUUAAAACCAUAAAUUAAUACGUACAUAUUUAGAUUUAAAUCGUUUUGGAAAUAAAGACAGGAAAAAUGGUAUAGGCUUGGAGUUAUUAAAAUAGACAGGAAAACGAAGCACAAACACAUAUAUAAAAACCAAAGGACCAAAUAUUCUUUUUAGCAAUAUACUGCGCACACUGCUAGUUUUUGGCUAUGUUUAAACACAUCAUAUAUACAUACAGCUAUAUAUAUAUAUAUAUUCCCAGAAGACCAUCUUAAAAUCUUCAAACAAAUCCUCCUAACUCAUCUUAUAUAUUCUUACUCAUUUCUUUGACCGGCCAAUACAUAAACAAACAUAUAUAUAUCUAUAUAUACAUGUCUACCUCACUACGGUUCAGUGUUAUGGCUACAGACGAGAUAAGCCCCUCUCAUCAGGAACUAAGGACUAUGCCUAGCUUUAAUGGGUCUCAAGAAGCUAAGCGUGAAGUUGGAGGAGGAGGAGGAGGAGCCAAGACUAGUAGCGGCCGAGGAAGAAAACCCAGCAACAAGGGUCCAUCAAACGCUAAAAAGCAACCUCAAAGAGGACUUGGGGUAGCUCAACUCGAGCGCCUCAGACUACAAGAAUGGAAGAAAUCCAAUGAAAUACUCCAUCCAGGGACCCCGACGGCGACGGCGGGGGCUCUCAACUUCCCAGUUCCGGCUGCAGUUGUUGACCACAACUGUUUCCAUGAGUUCCAGAUGGUUCAAAAUCCCCUCAUCGCGCCCAUGACUGAACCACUUCACAGUGUUCCGGUGCAGUACGGCGCAGGAGGGAGCUGCGGUGUGGGUUCUGCUAGGUUUCUUAGCGCCGUUGUUCAUCAUCAUCAACCGGGACACGGGGCGGCUGCUCAUCCUGGUUUGAUGAGUUCUAGUUGCGAUGGUGGGUCUUCUUCCCCAGCUGGGAUAUUGGGGCAAUACCGUUUUGCUGACCCUCAUCGCCCUCAGUACCCUAACCCUCAUCUUCAAUAUCAUUCGUAUCAUCAUUGUUAUGGGAUGGUUAAUAGUACUAAUGGAAGCCUAGGUCCGAGUCCGGAUCAGAUGUUUCCUGUGGGUGCCGAUGUGUAUGAUCAUAACCCUCAUCAUGAGAACUCCAAAGAGCUCUCUUCAAUUCCAAAAAUGCACUCACCAUUCAUCCACUCUUCGCCACACCAUGACCGUUCUGCUUUUUGCCCUAAGAAGACCAGAUUCAAUUGUGAGAAUAUUGGAGAACUAACCCUUGGUUUGGGAACCAGAGGAGUGAGAAGUACAAGUCAUGAUGAUGAGGGAUUGGAGAUUGUGGCUGUUCACAGAAAGGUAAAUCCAGCUAGUGGAGGAGUAUUAAUGGAGUACGAGUUCUUUCCAGGAAAAUAUAACAGCUGUGGCACUAGUUCCAAUGAGAUCUUGAUGAAGAAAAUCCACUCUUCUAGUGAUCACCAAAAUUCAAUUUCAGGGGCUGAUAAAACUUCUUAUGUUAACACUUUCUCUGCUGCUACUACUACUACAGAAAAUGGGUCUGACAUUUCUAAUCCUGUUGAUUUGUCACUUAAACUGUAGAGAUGCAUAUAUCUAUUUAUAUUUAUCAACAAAGAAGAAACUGUUUCGCAUUUUCUGUUUCUUAAAUUAUUGAUUUCUCUAAUCAAUUGUUGAUAGCCAUCAAACUUUAAUUUUCCCUCAUGACAUAUAUGAUAUCCUAUUCCUAUAAUACAUGUACAAGAGAUCUUUUCAAAGUUCCUUCUAUACAUAUCCAUAAACAGAUUUUGCUUUU